CGGCUGUAAGCGAACUUUCCCCGACACAUUCGUCGAUACGAAGGCGACCUAUGAGGCUGUACUAGGUAUUCGUCUCCCGGCUGUCGCCAGCUUGCUUCUCUUCCCCUUUCUCUAGUUGCGGCUGCAACCGUAAGUUGUAAUUGUUUAUUCUGGUUUCAUCGCAAGCAUUUAACCCCUGGUCUAUCGGCUCAGAAUCCUGGAUGACACGAAGUCGUGGCUUAAUCGUGACUCGUGACACGAAGUUGUGAAAUUCAAGCGGAACCGGUUUGAUGCUACCUUGGGGAUACCGGCGGUCACUCUCAGCGCCGCACGUUUGCACGCGCUGCUUCACCUACGGCUCGUUAAAAGCGUCCAUCCAGCAGCCCCGCAUUGCUCCUGCUACAGGCUCCCCGACAGCAAUGACAAAACCAGCAACCCUGGCGAAUCCAGGGAUGCUGGCGAAACUGGCACAGUUACCACACCCUGCCAAUGUCUCCCUGUGGCGAAGUUACACACCUGCGGCAGUGAAGCUAUUCUCCUCGCAAACGGCUCUCCCUCAUGCUUACAUUGCUGGUGCGGCAAUUUCCGGCCACAUGAACAGUGCUGUGAACAGUGUCUCGGGCAGGCUUGCUUGGUCAGCUGCAGCAUCCAACGGCCACGAUGCUGCUGCCAGAGUACUUGAUGCAGAGCAAUUGGCGUCUGUUGAUACCGAAUCGCCAAUAACGAGUACAGCGGCAUCUGCUGGUAUUGAAUCACUGAUAUCGAGUACAGCAGGGUUGGUGGAGGCGAGUGGAAGGGGGACGGGAAGGAGGGGGAGGCCAAGGCGAAAGGUCGAGGCGAAAACAACGGCAGAAGCAGAGGGGAGCGGGAGGGGAAAGGGGGAAGAGGCAUUUGAGGGGGAAGCGGGGGUGGAGGGGAGAGGGGCAGAAGGGGGGGAGGAAAGAGAAAUCUCGAUUUCCGACUUGUUCGCUAUAGGUGAUGACUCUAGAAGGAGUGACUCUAGCAAGAGUGACACUAACGAAGUUGACACUAACGAAGUUGACACUAGUAAGGGUGUCAAGGUGGUGAGAAGAACGAGGGGGAGGAGGAAGGCUGCUGCUGAGCAAUCUGCUUCUGUUGAUACUGAAUCGCCAACUCAACUGACAGAAGGCAUGGACCGGGAGGGAGAGAGGGAGGGAGAGGGGGAGGGGGAGGGGAGGGGAAGAAGAAGGGGAGGGGGAGGCGGAAAGGCAAGGAGGGGAAGGGAGAUGACAGGGGAGGUAGUGGCACUGACCAGGUACCUUCUGAGGGAAAUGGACGUGGUGAUAGAUUGGCUGUGCGUGUUGAGGAGGUGGAAAUUGUGAGCCAAUCAGAUGCUCAUUUGGAUCCUGG